AUGUCGUUGGAUGGCAUCAGACGGCUAUUGUUCAAGGCUGGUCAAGAGCCCGCUUCAAGAGAAAUCCCAAGAUCUUCUAGCCACCAUUGCCUCCCACAGCUGUUUUAUUCAAGGAGCCUGUCACUAGAUCGCAAGACUUCCAAUCUACUCAACUCACCCACAUCAUCCUCGCAGAAAGACAAGGAAGACCUCGAAGAACUGUCCACCGAACUGGAGCUCGCCGAUGAAGACUCAUUAAUUCCGUACAAGAUCGGCGACUCGUUCAUGCACGUCCCGCUCGCCGAGGCGCAGGAACUGCUGGCCACGCAGACGGCCGAGAUCGACGGCGAGGUGGCGACGCUCGAGGAGGAGCUGGAGACCAUCCGGGAGCAGAUUCGCGGCUUGAAGGCCCAUCUCUACGCGCGGUUCGGCAAGGGGAUCAACCUCGAAGCCUAA